UUGUAUGUUUGUGUUUUGAAGUGGUGUAAGGGUUUGUUGACUUGUUGUCUUGCCGAGAAAAACGCGUGGGGAAAGUUGUGUAUGAUCUACAUAAAUAAAACAAAUUUACAAGCAUGUUUGGUGUAAUAGUUUCUGGAAGACUGGUGCAAACAGAUUUUCAACAGUGUGACCAAACAAAAUUUGCAACAACUAUUACAGAUGCAGAUUCAAUCAAUCAUGUUGUGGUUUUUCUAACAGGAGUCCAAUCCUUUCCCCCAGGAACUGGUGGUUUAGUCUAUUUCAGCUGGCCAGAACCAAAUGCACCUCCUACAUGGCACUUACUUGGGUAUAUAGCAAAUGAGAAACCUUCUGCUAUUUUCAAGAUAUCUGGAUUGAAGAAAACUGUUCCCCAUAGUGAACUGACACCAUUUGCAUUUGGACAGCAAAUGAUGUCACACAGUGCACAAAUUGGAAUAUCGGUGGAACCUCUUUCAAAUGUUCAUCAGCAGGCGGCUCUCAUCACCAAUCAGGCAGCAUCGUCCUUUUUGGAAUUUGGUCAGAAAAUGAUCCAGAACUUCAUAAACUUCACAUCUAGUUUUGCUGUAACAGCCCAGCAGAUUAACCCUGUGUUAAAUGAGACAUAUGUGCCUUUAUCUACUUUGCAAACCUGGUAUACCAACUUCGAACGCCGAUUGCAACAGAAUCCAUAUUUUUGGAGAUGAAGUGACAUGUCUUUAGGCUUGGCUACAUUGUUUGACCUUAGAUGUAAUUUGUAUGCCACAAAAUUUGAAACAUGAAUUUAAUUUCAGGAUAAAAUGGAGGUGACAGAAUUGGUACUAUAUUAAUUCCUUCAAAUGUCACCUUUUCUGUAGUAUGAAAUUUAAGUAACAAUAAAUUGAAAUAUUUAAGUGUGUGUUUUAUAAAAUUGGAUUGUUGGAAGGUACUUUAAUGUGGGCAACAUACUGUGUUGUAGUUUCUGGCAUUGUUGAAUAAAUAGUGUGUUACUAUUUAUUCAUAUAUUUUUUUGCACUAUCAGAGAGAAGUUCAGAGAGCAGAAGGUAUUAGUCGUGCCCAGCACAAAAAAAAAAAAAAAUAUUGUAGUGAAAGGACCAAGUAAGAGGCAACUUCUCUACAUCAUGCUGGUAACUGAACCUAAGAAUCUGCACCUUUGUUUACCCCCUUCAUUCAGAACAACUAUGGAUUUACAGCCAGCCUGCAAAGGCAACAAACAGUCAUAUAUUCCAUACUUGAGGCUGCUCAAACACAGUACUAAGAAGCAGCCACCAACUGUCAACAGUACAACGGCUGGCAAAACCCGAAGCAUGUACAGUGUAUGCCCAAAGAUUCAAACUUUUGCCAACUACAACUUACGGAGCCAAGAGCUAAAGAUAAAGUGAACAAAUAGUAUGUGAUAUUAUCAUAUUAACAUAAUUUAAACAAUAGUUUACUUUUUAUUGUGCAUUUUAUCCAUAACUCUCAAAGAAUGUUUUUUUUUUGUCAGUUGAUGUACUUAUUUUAACGAUAGUAAUUUGAGAAUGUGCAAUGUGUACAAUUCAUUAUUUUUUGUGUGUACAUAUUUUGUUUCUAUUUGAUCAUUGAUUGUUGUCUUUGAUUAUGGGAGUCCAUGUUGAAUGUUGUGCUAACAACUGUUUCAAGAGCUGUUAAUUUGACAUGUACAAAUUAUUUGUUGAUGUGAUAUUAUACUCUCCAGUUAAUGCCACCAUAGGCUCUCAGACUAGUCCUAGCAAAAUAAACUGUGACUGGUAAAUUUCA